AUGCCAUCGACAUUAUUAAAUCAAUUACGAAUGAUGUUUCGUACAACAACUAGUCGUGAAUUAGCAUUAGCUAAUAAUUAUACAUAUAUUAAUGAAGAUAAAAUAUCACGAUCAUUAAUAUGUCCAAUAUGUUUAGAUCCUUUAAUGGAUCCUCAAACACAUAUUUUAUGUGAAAAUUCAUUUUGUAAUCGUUGUAUAAGAAAAUUAAAACAAUGUCCUUGUUGUCGAGCAUCAAUUAUUAAUCCAAAUGAUUUAAAACUAACAAGUCAUGUUUUAAGAAAUAUUCUCGAUGAACUUGAGGUUCAAUGUAAUGUUUGUAAACAAACAUUAUAUCGAGGUAAUUUUUCUAUACAUAUUCGAAAUAAUUGUCUCAAACAUUCAUUAAUAAGUCCUGAAGAAGAAGAAAAUUUAAUGAAUAUUUCAUCAACAUCAAUUUUAAAUAAUUCAACAACAAAUAGAAUCUCUUUUGAUGAACAACAAUUAGAAAAACAUUUAUCAAAUUUAUAUCGUCGUAUACAUAUAUUAGAAACAGAAUUAUUUGAAUUAAAAAAAACUUUAUAUAUAUGUUUAUUUGUUUUAUUAACAAUUUCAACAUUAAUUUUUUUUGGUUCAAUUUUUUCUUAUAUAAUUAUUUCAUUUUUAUCAGUUUUUUUUAAACAAUGGUUACCAUCAUUUAUUGAAACAUUAACAAAAUUUUUAUUUGAUUUUUCACCAUUAACGACAUUAUUUCGAAUAGUAUUUAUUGGUAUUUAUUUUUUUCUUAUUUGUUAUAAACGUCGUCCAUCGGAUAUAAAUCUUUUAACAAUAAUUAUUUGUUUAGUUAUUGUUUUAUUUAAUAUACUUAUACUUAUAUUACAUUUAAUUAUAACACAUUUUAAUUUAUUAUUUCUUAUAUUUCUUAUAAUUAUGAUUGGAAAAUAUUUCCACAUACAAUUACCUAAUAAUGAAGAAAUAUUGAAUUUUUUAAAUCAUAUUCGAAAUCAAUAUCAACAACUACGUUGA